UCUGUUCACACCAACUAUCUACUACUGAUUAGUAAGCCCUGAUGCUUCAAAAUGGCCUUCUGAUCUAUCAUCUUAAGAUCCAAUGGUUCAGUGUCUCCCUUCUUGAAGAGAGAGAUGGAAGGGUGAGGAUAAAAAGAAAAAGGUACCGAGUGAAACCUUGCCUUUAACCCCAUAGCUUUUAUCUCUUGGUAACCUUGAGAACCUUCAGCUGUCUUUAUCUUUCCUAUCUGUACAUGUGAAACGACCUUCAGAGAAGAAAAGAAGCCAAAUAGAAUAGAGCUGUGUCUGUUCUUUCAGUCAGAGCCACCAAGAGCUAAACGAGUCUUUUCUCUGUACAAUACAAUACUAGAACAGCAAAUGCAGCUAAGAGAAUCCAUUCAUAAGACCAAGAAGUUCUUUCACAAUGCUCUCCAAAACCUCAAGUCCAUCUUCUUUGGUGGCUACCAAAAGCUGACCAAGCCUACUUCUUUCAAGCCCUUCUCACGCGGCAGCAGCAAUGUGAAGAAUUACCGGAUAGAUCAGUACUAUGCUGAUUUUUGCAAGGAAUGGGAGUGUGAUCUGGAAAAGGCAAUGAAAGGAAAGAGCAAUGAUUUCAUGGGGUCAAAAGAGCCAAAGAGAGAUGAAGAUGUGAGUGAUGAAAGUGAGAUGAAGCUUGCAAACAGUCCGUCGAGGAAGAAUGAAGGAGGAAAGGAAGAGAAGAGUAAGAAGAUUUCCCAAGUACAAAAAGCGGAAGAAAAAAGCUCAAAGAACAUGAAUGAAAGCGCUUGUGUAUUAGCACAGAAGAUGAAGGAAUUGGAAAUAAUGGACGUGAGUGAUGUAGAACAUGUUUUGGAUGUUGAAGAGGCACUCCACUACUAUUCUCGUCUCAAAAGCCCUGUGUACCUUGACAUUGUCGACAAGUUUUUCACCAACAUGUAUACAGAAUUUUCUGCUCCAAAGGCCUCUGCCAGCACCAACAGUUCAUAGCGAAGUCUCGGAUCAAUUAGGUUAUAAAUUCCAAUCUUCGUGGGUUGUUUCUUUUGCAUAUGGAUUAUUUUCCAUAUUAAUUUUCCUGUUCUGUAUUCUUCCGAGUGUGUCUAAUUUACACAAUGAUUUUUGAUAUUCAUCUCUGUAGAAUGUUGUUUACCUGGAUUGCCAUGCUUGAGCCUGUCUUUUUACUCAAGGACACCAAACAUGUUUCAGAUAUUUAAGGGCUGUGCAUUGUUAAUUUAAA